GUCACUUGAUGGCCACAGCGUCAGAGCUUGAAUAGAACCUGGCGCUCGUCCUUCUCUUUCUCUCACUCACCAUCCACUGAACAACUUCUCUCUGACCUCGACCUCCGCGAUGGGCGUCGACCGCCCGAUCACGGAGUUCUUCAAGCCGCUCAAGGAGAACAAACGCGGGCGCAAACGGCGGCGAGAGCAAGAGGAGACGGACGAGUCGCCCGGCGCGAAGGCACGCAAGGCUGGGUCCAGCAAGGCCUCACCCUCCGUUCUCCGAAGCACUGUCACCGCGAACAAAGGCAAAAGCGCGGCCCCUGUGGACGCGAACCGAGUCGAUGAAUCAGCGGAGGCGAACGGCCGGGAAGUAGGGCCCUCAUCGUCCAUCUCGCCUCCGAAUAUCGGUCUUGAAAGAAGCAGCUCGAAGCCGCUACUGUUGGACGCAGGCACGGCGCUCAGCACGCCCAUCGGAUCGAGGAUCAGCGCCCUCACUUUGCAUACGCCACCGCUCACCGGCCACCCGCCCGAGAAGCGGCAGACCGCGGGUGAUGCUCAUGUAGCAGCAUUCGUCAAGAAGCCCCCGGACCGCCAUGCUCUGCCCACUCCCGUCACCCUCCCCCGUCGACGCACCUCGCGCGAGUUGCCUCCUCCGGGGCCCGAGUCCUCGCAGGAUCCUCCGAGCAGUCCUGCCUUCAAGUUUCCCUUCAGAACUUCCGAGGAGAUCGUACCUUCUUCGCAACCUACACAGGACUGGCUACGAUCUCCGCGCAAGCCAGCUUCUUACGACCAAGGAGACGACACCGUCUUCAAGGUCCCGCGCACGCCUGUAUCACGACGGCGCUGGGACGACGAGGUGCCUUUGUCACAGUCCCCAGUGGCUUUGGACUCCGACGAAUGCGUGGGCACGUCACAGUCCCAGGAGCGCUUCCCGCUCUUGGGGUGGAGGUCGCGCAGCACAUCCCCGGUCAAAUCACGGUCGCCUGUCAAGCCUGUAUCCCGGCACGAAGUUGCCUCGAGCGUCGCAGACGAAGACACCUCAUACCAGCGCAUGCUCGGCGGCUCGCAACCUCUCUCAUCCCCACAACAGCAGCUCCUCUCGUCCCCGCACCGGCAGCUCCCCUCCUCCCCUCCCGGCUCGCCGGCGUCUCGCCCUCUCUCGCAAUACACGGAGACCGAGCCUGGCUCGUACGACUAUCUGUGGAACCUGAGAUCUGUAGAGGGCCAGCCCGCGGAGGAAGACUCCUCCCGAUCGUCCAAGGACGACGCCUCUUCCCAAUCGUCCUCACAGACGAUUCCGGGGACCUACGAAGAUCGCGACAAGUGGCCGAAACCGCUGCCGUCGAAGGUGAGGCGUCGGGGGAAGACGUCGAGGACGGAGCUUCGGGUGCAGACGUCGUCGGAGACGCAGCCCAGCGCUUCGUCUUUGAAGAUGAAGCUGAGCGCUACACCGGCGGUGACCCAGUCAAGCGCUACGUGGGCGGAGACCCAGCCAAGCGCCCCGCCGUCGGAGACCCAGUCCAGCGCUACUCCUCCGGAGACUCAGUCGAGCGCCCCGCCCUCGGGGACGCAGCCAAGCGCUAUGCCCUCGGAGACCCCGUCGUCGUCGCCUCAGUUAAGCCCAACGCAGCCGAUGACGUGCGAUCUUUGGACGGCCGAGGAUUUUGCGCACCUCAGGAAGGAUGUUGCGCGCGAUCGAGGGAAGAAUGUCGCGCGCGGUGAAGGGAAGAUUGUCGCGCGCGGUAAAGGGAAGAAUGUCGCGCGCGAUAGAGGGAAUGAGGACGAUGCUCACGGCUCGCGGGAUGGCGGUGGUGAAGCGCACGACGAGGAGCAUGAAGCGCACGACGAGGAGCAUGAAGCGCACGACGAGGAGCAUGAAGCGCACGACGAGGAGCAUGAAGCGCACGACAAAGAGUCUGAAGUGCACGACGAAGAGGCGUCGCAGGCCGAGGUCAACGACUCGCAGGCGCAGGUCAACGACUCGCAGGCGCAGUUCGACGAUUCGCAGGCAGGCCUCGACGACUCAUUUGGCUCAGACUUUUCUCUGGGAUUGUACGCUGGCGAAGGCAGCUUCCCAGACGACUUCCCUGAGUCGCUGAAGCUGUGA